AUUAUAGUACAUUAAAUGAGUUGUUUCACAUUGCUUCGUUAGAAAAGUUUUUCGAUUUUUUAAUAUAUUGUUAAUAUUUUUGCAUAUAAUUUUUUUGUCAAAAUUUCAAAAAAGUUUUUUUGUGUGAAUAUUUUCUAAUAAUUAGUAUUUUUACAUUUUUUAAAGUAAAAUUAUUAAAAUGCCGGUAUUUCAUACAAAAACUAUAGAAAGUAUUCUCGAACCUGUCGCACAGCAGGUUUCGAGACUUGUUAUUUUACAUGAAGAAGCUGAAGAUGGAAAUGCAAUGCCUGAUUUAGGAAAACCUGUACAAGCUGUUAGUAUGGCAGUAGCAAAUCUUGUUAAGGUAGGAAAAGAAACAAUUAAUUCUUCUGAUGAUGCCUUGCUUAAACAAGAUAUGCCUGCUGCAUUACAACGUGUUGAAGGAGCUUCACGUCUUUUAGAAGAAGCAUCAGCUAUGUUAAAACAAGAUCCUUAUUCUGGACCAGCUAGAAAAAAACUUAUAGAAGGUUCACGUGGCAUUCUUCAAGGAACUAGUUCCUUAUUACUAUGUUUUGAUGAAAGUGAAGUACGUAAAAUUAUCAGAGAAUGUAAAAGAGUAUUAGAUUACUUGGCAGUAACCGAAGUUAUUGAAACAAUGGAAGAUUUAGUUCAUUUUCUUAAAAAUUUAAGUCCUUGCCUCAGUAAAGUAUCAAAAGAAGUAAGUGCUCGAGAAAAAGAGUUAACACAUCAAGUGCAUAGAGAAAUUUUAGUACGUUGCUUAGAACAGGUAAAAACACUUGCACCAAUUCUCAUCUGCUCCAUGAAAAUAUUCAUUCAUAUUAUCUCUCAAGGCGGUAAAGGAGCAGAAGAAGCAGCUGAAAAUCGUAACUAUUUAUCAGGUAGAAUGUCAGAUGAAUUAAAUGAAAUUAUCAGGGUAUUACAACUUACAACAUAUGAUGAAGAAGAAUGGGAUGCUGACCAAUUAACAGUGUUAAAAAAAGCACAAAGUGCUAUAGAGUCUAGAAUAAGAGCUGCUUAUGAUUGGUUAGAUGAUGGACUUGCAUUGCGUGGUGGAUUAGGAGAAAAGAGUCUUCGUCAAAUAGUUGAACAAGCACAGCGAUUAGCAGAAAGAUAUCUUCCGCCAUCACAAGCAGAAUCAUUACAAAAAUUAACUUCACAAAUUGUCACUAUGACCAAUGCUCUUUGUGAAUUAAGACAAAAUGAGAAGGGAACUACACCACAAGCAGAAGCCUUAGCACGUAGUAUAAAAGAAAAAACAAAUGAACUUCGUAGCUCUAUUGCUUCUGCCAUAAUUGCUGCUGAUAAAUCUGGAACCACACAAACUGCUCAUACAGUUGCAGGUCGUUUAGAACAAGCAAAUAAAUGGCUUCUUAAUCCUCAACAUGAUGAUAAAGGACUUGGUCAAAGGGCAAUAGCAUUAAUUAUACAUGAAGGAAAAAAGGUUGCUGAGGGUUUACCAGGAAUACAUAAAGCAGAAAUUUUACAACUCUGUGAUGAAGUAGAUAAUCUCUCUCAUCAACUUGGUGAUUUAUGUGCUCAUGGUCAAGGAAAUACUCCUCGUGCUCAAGAAAUCGCUCGUCAAUUGUCACAUAAGCUAUAUGAACUGAAGAAUAGAAUACAGCAAGCUGUUGUGUCUAGAGUAGUUGAAGAUUUCAUUGAUAUAACGACGCCUCUGAAACAAUUUACAGAUGCUGUAUUGACCCCAGAAGGUUCUUUAGGUCGAGAUCAAAAUUUUAAUGAUAAGACUCAUGCUCUUCAAACAUUUUCCAAUAGAGCAACAAAAACAGCUAAAAUGGUAGCUGCUGGUGGAAGUGGAGGCAAUAAAAAAUUGGCAGAAGCAUUAACUACAAGUGCUUCACAAGUUGAAUCUUUAACACCACAAUUAAUUAAUGCUGGGCGUAUUCGAAUGACUUAUCCUGAUAGUAAAGCAGCUGAUGAACAUUUUGAAAAUUUGCGACAGCAAUAUGCAGAUACAAUGCAAAGAGUUCGGGCACUAUGUGAUGAAGCAACUGAUAGUGGAGAUUUCAUUAGAACUUCAGAAGAACAAAUGCAAAAGCAUUCGUUCCUAUGCGAAGAAGCUAUUGCAAAAAGUCAUCCACAAAAAAUGGUUGACAAUACGGCUGCUAUUGCUAGAUUAGCUAACAGAGUAAUACUUGUAGCGAAACAAGAAAGUGACAAUAGUGAAGAUACUGCAUUCAUUCAAAGAGUAAACCAGGCUACAGAUAUUCUCCAAAAUAGUGUUGCUCCAAUGGUUCAAAAUGCAAAAUUAGUUGCAAUUAAUAUUAAUGAUAAUAAUGCAGUUUCUCAUUGGAGAGAAAGUAAUCGUACACUUUUAUCUAAUGUUGGACAAGUUCGUAAGGCUAUCAUACUUCAACCAGAUGUAAUAUCUCCGCCAGAAGUAUCGCAAUUACAUCUUAAUGAUGACAAACAUUUGCCAAGCCGUCAAUAUAAUUACUUCAUAGAUAAAGUUGGUGAACCUUUAAGAAAUCAACCAUCGCCAAGCAAUUUAUGUGUCAUCAGCCCUAGUCUAAACACAAAUAAAUCCCAACAUCGCUCUAUCAGUCCAUUACCAAAGUGGGCACGUGAAGGAGAUAACCCUGAUCUCCUAUAUCAAGAACUGGCUUCUGACAUCGAGUUAGAAAAAUCAGUUCACGACGGAGAGGUUGUCCCACCACGUCCUCCUUUGCCUGGUGGAGAUAUUCCGCCUCCACGACCUCCACCACCAGAAACGGAUGAUGAAGAUGAAAUGUUUAUGCAUGCACCGCAACCUAAUCAACCUAUAAUGAUGGCUGCUCAUGGUUUGCAUCAAGAAGUAAGACAAUGGUCGAGUAAGGAUAAUGAAAUUAUCGCUGCUGCGAAAAAAAUGGCUAUUUUAAUGGGCAGAUUAUCAGGCUUAGUUAGAGGAGAAGGAGGUAAUAAAAGAGAUUUGAUUGCAUGUGCUAAGGCUAUUGCAGAAGCUUCUCAAGAAGUUACUCGUCUAGCUAAGGAGUUAGCUAGAGAAUGCACGGAUAAACGUAUUCGUACAAAUCUUCUUCAAGUUUGUGAACGAAUACCUACUAUAGGAACGCAAUUAAAAAUAUUAUCAACAGUGAAAGCUACAAUGUUGGGUGCACAAGGCACGGAAGAAGAUCAGGAAGCAACAGAUAUGUUAGUUGGAAAUGCUCAAAAUCUUAUGCAAAGUGUAAAAGAAACUGUUCGUGCAGCAGAAUGUGCUAGUAUAAAAAUACGUACCGCAUCUGGUAUGAAAUUACGGUGGGUGCGACGACAACCUUGGUAUCAAUAUUAAGCAAGCAAUUGCAAUAUAAUGAAAGUGAAUUAUAAAAGUUAGUUAUAUAUGGAAAUCCGAGUUCGUUAUUUAAAUCAAGAAUGAGUAAGAAUGAAAUAGAAGAACAAAAUAUGAUAGAUUCUUGUUAGAAGAUUCUUGAAAGUGUAAAUAGUUUCAGAAAUGGGAAUAAUUCGAUAUUAGCUAAGCGUGCUAAAAUUAUGUUAAUUAAGCAUGCAUUACUGUAUGUGUAAAAAAUCUUACAUACAAUAUAAUGAGGAAGUCUAUUUUUGUAAGUUAUCUACUUAUUUUUUUUAGAGAAUUUAAUCUUAUCUAAUUGUUUUCAUAUUUUUAUUUUUUUUUAAACUGGUGCUAUAUAUGUGCAAUAUAAAUGACAUAUAAUUGAUAUAUUAAAACAUAAUACAAAAAUAAGCAAUCAAUUUAAAAACUA